AUGACGUCAUAAUUGCCAGUCAAACUCAUUUGCAGCCAAACAUGGCGACCAACUGCGCUGAAAAAACCCGAAGAAAACUUCUUUUAUUUUAAACCCUUUGGGUUUUCUAGCAAAAAGACUGCAAAAAGAAAUACAAAUAAUCAUAAUCAUGACAGAUUUGUGUCGAAAAUUUGGGUUAAACGUCGAUAGUGCGAUUCAACAACUGCUUGACUACAAAAACACACCAGGAAAACAGGUCCAGUUACCAGAGGUUCAAAUAAGACAGCUUUGCCAAGUCUCCAGAGAGAUCUUUCUCCAACAGCCAAUGCUUUUAGAGUGUAGUGUGCCAAUGAACAUUUGUGGUGAUAUACAUGGACAAUAUGAUGAUUUAUUGCGACAUUUUGACAACCUUGGAUAUCCCCCAGAGGCAAAUUAUCUAUUUAUGGGUGACUACGUUGACAGAGGAAAGAAGUCUCUAGAAACCAUCUGCUUGCUGCUUGCUUACAAAGUCAAAUAUCCAGACAAAUUCUAUUUAUUGAGAGGGAAUCAUGAAAGUGCAAGUAUAAACAGGAUCUAUGGAUUUUAUGAUGAAUGCAAAAGACGAUACAACAUCAAAUUGUGGAAAACUUUUACAGAUUGCUUUAACUGUUUACCUGUUGCUGCAGUUGUAGAACAAACCAUACUUUGUAUGCAUGGAGGACUUUCCCCUGACUUAGAAGAUCUUGAUCAAGUCAGACAGCUAGACAGGCCGCUAGAAGUACCAGAUAAGGGUCUUGUCUGUGACCUAUUGUGGUCUGACCCUGAUGAAGACAUUACUGGCUGGGGUGACAAUGAUCGAGGCGUGUCCUGGACAUUUGGAGGAGAUGUCUUACGUGAAACUCUAGAUAAAUAUGGUUUUAGUCUUAUUGCACGUGCACACCAGGUUGUUGAAGAUGGAUACAGAUUUUUUGAAAAAAGAAAASUGGUGACUCUAUUCAGUGCCCCCAACUACUGUGGAGAGUUUGAUAAUGCAGGGGGGGUCAUGUCAGUAUCAGAAAAUCUCAUGUGCUCUUUCAGUAUCUUAAAGCCUCAAAACUUCAACAUCUCAAUUGAAGAAGAACCAACAAAAAAGGGARGAAAAAAUGUUAAGAAAGGAAACAAAAUCAAAUCUAUUCAAAACUGACCACACAGCACACUAUAUCUGUACUGGAUAAAAAUUCAUAUAUAUAUAUUUUUUUUUUUGAUUAAGGAUCCAAGUUUUAAUUAUUUAUUCACAAAAGAUUCUCGUCCUAAUUUGAAAU